AUGCAAUUGUCAGACAACGAGGAAGUGCGAGAUGUGUUGGUAUCGGUUAAUAUCAAUCAAUUUAAAUACGCCAAUGAAAUGAUGUUAAUUACUGAUCCCGAGGGAGCUUUUGUAGCUCAAGACAUCACUACAGGUAAAUUAUUGGGAUUGUGUAGUGGUAUUAAUUUAUCGCCAGAGUUGGCGUAUAUGUGUAUAUAUGCCGUGAGACCAGAGUAUCAGGGAUUAGGCAUUGGAUCCGCUCUUUGGGAUAAAGCCAUUGAACACAUCGGCGAUAGAAAUGCCACACUUUAUGCCUCCGAACCAAAAGUAAUAGACGUUUACAAAAAUCGCCAAAAUUUCAAUAAAAUUCCCGAAAGACGAGGACUUAUAUGGAAAGGAAAUUUUGUGACCGAAAGUCUGAUCACUAGUAUUGAUGGCAUAUCUGUUGUUGACAUGAAUGAUAAGAAUAUCGCGGAUGUGAUUGAAUACGACAAACAGGUCUGCGAUGGACUCGACAGGAGUGCACAGCUCAGGGCACUCAACGGCCAGUUUAAGACUACAAGUCUUGUGGCCAUUAAUGAUAGCAAUAAAGUGAUGGGCUUUUGCUUUCUAUGGGAGACUGUUUCCGAGUUUCAGGGAUUAGGCAUUGGAUCCGCUCUUUGGGAUAAAGCCAUUGAACACAUCGGCGACAGAAAUGCCUCACUUUAUGCCUGCGAACCAAAAGUAAUAGAUGUUUACAAAAAUCGUCAAAAUUUUAAUAAAAUUCCCGAAAGAAGAGGACUUAUAUGGAAAGGAAAUUUUGUUACCAAUAGUCUGAUCACUAGUAUUUCGGGCAUAGAUUUGGUUGAGAUGAAUGAUAAGAAUAUCGCGGAUGUGAUUGAAUACGACAAACAGGUCUGCGAUGGACUCGACAGGAGUGCACAGCUCAGGGCACUCAACGGCCAGUUUAAAACUACAAGUCUUGUGGCCAUUAAUGAUAGCAAUAAAGUGAGGGGCUUUUGCUUUCUAUGGGAGAUUGUUUCCGAUCCAUAUGGUUCAUUUGUCGCCCAAGACAUCACUACGGAUAAAUUGUUGGGAGUUUGUACGAGUGCUAAUCUAUCACCAGAUCUGUCGUACAUAUGUAUGUAUGCCGUUCUUAAAGAGUAUCAGGGAUUAGGCAUCGGAACCGCUCUCUGGGAUAAAGUCAUUAAACAUACGGGCGAUAGAAAUGUAUCACUAUUUGUGGAAAGUCGUAAAAUGCAAGACAUUUACUACAAUCGGUGUAACUUCAGAGCUGUUCCCAAACGACGUGGACUUCUUAUGAGCGGAUAUUUUAUGCCCAAAGGAUUGACGGCUAGUAUUCCCGGCAUAUGUUUGGUUGACAUGAAUGAUAAGAAUAUCGCGGAUGUGAUUGAAUACGACAAACAUGUUUGUAAUGGUCGGGAUAGGAGUGUACAGCUCAGGGCACAUAUCGGUCCGUUUAAAAGUGUAGGCCUUGUGGCCAUUAAUGAUAAUACACAUCAAGUGGUGGGCUAUUGUGCUAUUUGGCAGAAUAUUUCCGAGCUGUCAUAUAUGUGUAUUUACGCCGUCCUUAAAGAGUAUCAAGGAUUAGGCGUCGGAACCACUCUCUGGGAUAAAGUCAUUGAACAUAUGGGCGAUAGAAAUAUAUCACUUUAUGUCGACUCUAAGAAAAUGCAAGAAAAUUAUAAAACUCGACAUAAUUUCAAAGCUGAUCCACAAAGACGAGGACUUAUUAUGAAAGGCAAACCUGUGGUCAACGCUUUGACGGAUAGUAUUUGUGGCAUAUGUUUGGUUGACAUGAAUGAUAAGAAUAUCGCGGAUGUGAUUGAAUACGACAAACAGGUCUGCGAUGGACUCGACAGGAGUGCACAGCUCAGGGCACUUAACGGCCAGUUUAAAACUGCAAGUCUUGUGGCCAUUAAUGAUAAUAAUCAAGUGAUGGGCUAUUGUUUUGUAUGGGAACUCGUUUCCGCUCUCGUUAACAUCGAGGUAGAGAUUGAGCUCCUGUUGCGCGCGAAGACCCAGAAACCAUCCUGGUCAUCGUGCAUCGUGAUCACUUUCUCCCAGUAG